AUGAAUCCAUUUCCAGCUAUGAUGUUAGCUAGUUCAACUACAUCUCAGCCAAAAAAGCAUGGUAGAGAAAAAGGUAGACAUUAUCUUACAGAGUAUAUUAUUACUACUGAUGAAUAUGUCAAUCCACAAAAGCCCAAUAAUAAAUAUUGCUAUUGCUUGACCUGUUACAAAAUAAAUUCAGAAAAAGUUAAAAUCAUUAAUAGAAAAAAAUUAGUAAAAAAUCAUCUUAAAAAAUGCAUAUAUUUUAUGUGUAAAGUUGGUAGAAAAGAACAAAUCGAUAAUAUUUUGAAUAAAGAAGAAUCUGAAGAAUCUUCAACAAAGAAGUUACGAUUGGAUUAUGAAGACG